CGCAAAACAACAUUUUCAAGUACUAAAUUCCAAUUAAAUUACUAUUGCUGUUUUAUUGGCAAGGCAAAGAAUUAGAAACAAGAAAAUGCAGCCCAUAAGGGAGAAAGUAAGCAACGCAGCUGCUGCUGGCAAAGAGCACGUUGACAUAUUCAAAGCCAAAGCCGAAGAAAAGGCGGAGAAAGCAGUAGCAAGGACAAGUGAAGAGAAAAGGAUAGCAGAAGAGGUGAGGAAAGCAAAAGAAGCGCAAGCUAAGAUGGAGCUGCAUGAAGCGAAAGCACGUCAUGCGGCGGAGACGUUGCAAUCAAAGCAAACUUAUCUUGGUGGAAUUGUAGGGCCACACCACCAUCAUGGUACUACUACUCCUAUGGUUGGUACUGGUCAAGUAGGCCAACAAAAUCCAGUGAUGGGUAGUACCGUUCCAACUACUGGUGGUACUGUUGCUCCAUCGCAUCCUCUUGGAGGUUACCCUCCUACUCACCAUGGCCAUACUUAAUUGAAGGGGAAGUUAGCAGCCCGUUUUGAUGGUGCUUUGACGUUGUAUUAGUUGUUGGUUGUGUUAUUUCAGUUUGUUCUCUGUACUGCUUUGGAAAAAAAUGUUAGAAGGCCUUUGGUAAUGCACGAUUUUUUCCCUGGCGGAUGAUAAUAGAAAAAUAAUCUAAGCCGGUGGCGAAAAUUCGAAAUUUCGUGAA